AUGGAUUUUGCUUUUAAAAAAGAAAAAUUAAAUAUCGCUGGACGUGACAGUCAGGAAAGCCAAAAGAUACUUAUCACUGGCGGGGAAGGCUUUAUUGGAAGUCAUGUGGUAAAGUAUCUCUACGAUCGUGGAAACUAUGUUCGUAUUAUCGACAUCUUACCAAAUACAACUGGCCCAUUUGAAGACCCUAAAAAUUAUUGCUCUGAAUUUUUAACUGAAGAUUUAAGAGAUUUAUCUGCGUGCCGUUAUGCUGUAAGAGACGUACAAUGGGUGUUUCACUUUGCCACUAGUGAGAAUAGGAUGGGUCUAAUUUAUGAGAAAAGUGACUUCACUCUAUACAAUGAAAACCAUUUGAUAACAGUUAAUAUUACACAAGCUGCUAUUGAAAGAGAGAAAUUUGUAAAAGGAAAAAACCUAAACAAAAUCCCAACUGAAAUCAAAAUAGAAAGACUUUACAACAUAUUUGGAGAGGAAAAUAAUUGGAAAGGAGAAAUGGUGGAAACUCCGUCUACAUUAAUCCAUAAAGCAAUUCACUUGACUACCAAAAGUGAAAAUAAUGACAAGAUAGAGAUUUGGGAUUCUGGAAAUCAGCUUCUUAGCUUUUUGUAUAUUGAAGAUUGUGUGGAUGCCAUUAUCAAAUUAAUGGAAAGUAAUUAUUCGAAGUCAUUAAAUAUUGAGUCCGAAGAAGCUCUUACAAUAGAGGAAUUAGCAUACAUAGCUAUUGAUACCAUAGGAGUUCGUUCUCAGAUGGUCACAACAGACCUUGAUCUGAAAGGAUAUGGAGAGAACCUCUAUGUGGAUGCAAACUAA